AUGGUUCUUUAUGGUGAUUUAGACGCGGUUCAAACUACUCGAACUCAAAUACUUAUCACAUUAGAUCAAUUGUUGGGAUCAAGUAUUGGAACAAUAGAUUUACCUUGUUAUUUACAACAUUUAAUAGCUGGAAAACGACAUCAACAUUUACAAACUAUUAUGGAAGAAACUGGUACUACAUUAUAUUUACAAUCUCCCUUUUUCAAAUUAUCAGAUACUCGUCACAUGUCCCUGUCAUUGGACCAACGUCCUGGUAUUAUAUAUCUUACUGGUUCUCCUCAAGGUAUUGAACGUACUAAAGAAUUGAUUAAGAAAUUGGUGAUUCAAAAGAAAAAAUCAAUGUAUCAUAAAGAUUCAAUUAUUAAACCUGCUAAACUUGAUUGGAUGUUACGAUAUCAACAAGAUGCUUUAUCCAAGAUCAUGAAAGAUAAUGGUUCUGUUAUUCUUUUCCCUGCUUUGGGUUCUGGUUGUAACACAAUUACCGUAUAUGCGGAAAAUCGUAUUCUUGGUGAACGUACUUUUCGGCUUUUGAACUAUUUGGAAUACAGCGUAUAUGAAGUUUCAUUUAUAUUCAAAUCUGAUGAUUCUCUUAGUGAAGAAGCCAAUGCUCAACGUAUUUUUGGUUCUUUGGAAAAAUUGGCAUUUAUAUUAACUGAACUCACUCAAGCUUCGGGUGCUGAAAUGGUAUAUCGUGGUGAUACAAAUCGUUUAGAUGUUAUUGGUUCUGAUCAAGCUAUCCAACAACUUUGUUCUAUUAUUCGAAAUAUGCAAUUUUUCAAGGUUCAUCAACCAUCGAUUAUUUUCUCUAUUGAAAUGGCAUCAGAACAACGUGAAUUUAUUAGUGGCAAGAAAAAUGGCAAGAUUAACAAGAUCAUGAAGUCAUGCGAUGUCCAACUACAGUUUACAGCAACAAAUGAAUAUAACGUGGCAGUCUCAGUGGAAAGCAAAGAUAUCAAUAAGGCACUGGUUGGAUUGGCUAUGCUCAAAGAUGAACUUCCAGCUGAAACUUCCUUUUAUGUACCUGAAGUUUAUCAUCGAAGGAUCAUCGGUGUUGGUGGCAAGAAUAUUCAACGUGUGAUGAAAAAAUAUGGUGUAUAUGUGAAAUUCUCUGGUGCGGAAGAGUUUGCUGCAAUGGGUGGUUAUUUUGAAAAUGAACAUAACGUUGUGGCCAGGACUCCAAUGAAGAACAAAGAAAACCUUUACCAACUACAAGAAGCUGUUAUGGAAUUCAUUGGAUCAGAUAAAGACAAAGGCUUUACCGUGGCAUCAAUAUCAAUACCUCUUCAUCUCCACAGUCAACUUCUUCAUCAACAUGGAUUUAGCUCAACCUUGACAGAAUUCGAACGAGUGUAUCAUACACGUGUGGUUUGGCCUGAUAAGAUUGGUUUGGAUCAAGUAACUGUUUAUGGUCCUCAAUCUCAAUUACCCCGUUUACUGGAUUUUUUACGAUCAAAGGUACCGCAAGAUAUAUGCUUUGCAGUGGAAUUGACUCCA